CCUCUGUUCACUAUGGUUGAAAAGUGUGUCACUGUUCCCUGGUUUUGUCCAAUCAUAAGAAAGCAUGGUCAGCAGAAAUAUUCACUGAGCCUUUGUGAGUCCUGGUUAUUUUCACAACUUAAAACUGCAAAACUAACAGUUGUUUCUUCAUUAGAUGUCAUGAAAGCCCAGGGAAGAGACAUUGUGUUCUUAAUUGACGGUUCUACCAAAGUGGAAGCUUCAUUUCCUUCCAUACUGAAGUUUCUUCAGAGUAUAACUCAGGAGCUCAACAUCGGCAGGAACGCUGACCAGGUUGGAGUGGUGCAAUACAGCGAUGACCCCAAGGUUGAAUUCUUCAUGAAUACGUACUCCAAUAAGGAAGACAUUUUGACUGCAGUUCAGAGGAUGAGAUUCAUGGGUGGGAGAGCACUCAAUACUGGUAAGGCUUUGGACUAUGUCAUGAGGCAUAUCUUCACUAAGCCGCUGGGAGCAGACUUGAUGCAGGUGUUGCACAAAUGCUGGUGCUUCUGACUUCCGGGAAGUCUAGAGAUGAUGUGAAGCAGGCGGGAGAGGCACUGAAGCGAGCUGCAAUUGUGACAUUUGUAAUUGGAGGUAUGGAGGCAGAUGGCCAUGAAUUACAGGAGAUCGCAUAUUCUCCCAACCUGAUGUUUGCUGUGGAAGAUUUCCAGUCCCUCCCUGACAUCAAAAAUCAGUUGCUGAGACCUUUGAAAACAUUAACUGUCGAAAUUGUUAAACUGCCCACCACUGUCACUGAAGUUGGAAUAAAUGAAGCAGAUAACAGUGAGCUCCAUCAGAUCGCAUACUCCCCCAAACUAAUUUUUCAAGUCAAUGAUUACUGGGAUCUUUCGGAUUUGGACUUGCAGCUCCUCACUGUUCCUAAUCCACAGAUGGGUGAAAGCGUUGAAAUACCAUCCGCCACAACAGAAGUUGAUAAAAGGGAUAUUGUUUUCCUAAUCGAUGGAUCUGCCAACAUUGGGAAAGGUUUUCCCAUAGUUCGUGAAUUUCUGUCCAGAAUGAUUGGAAACUUUGAUGCUGGUGAGGAGAAGGUCCGAUUUGGGGUGACCCAAUUCAGUGAGAAUCCGAGAACUGAGUUCUUCUGA